AUGGAUUCGACUACUUCAGAUCAAACAGAGAUGUGCUCAACUAUUUCUAAAGUGUUGGAGUCACCAAAAGACCACAUAUUCGCUGUACCAGCACUGCCACCAAUCAAAAGAAGCAGACAAAAACAAACAAACAAGAGUCAAGCUGGCGAGAAAUCCCGUGGUGAUAAUACUAAAGUGUUGGAGUCACCAAAAGAAUACAUAUUUGCGGUACCAGCACUGCCGCCAAUCAAAAGAAACGUAAGACAGAAACGCAUAAACAAUAGUCAAGCUGGUGAGGAAUCCCGUGGUGCUACUAAUAGUACCUGUGGUGAAGAGCGGCUUACAUUUGAAGAAUAUCGUCGGAACGGAGACAGACUGAAGGAAUUGGACAUGGCAUACGAGGGAGCAAUGGAUCUUUUAAGGAUCCUUGAUGAAGAUGGUGUCAACAGAGGGAAAGGUCGAUCUAAACGCAAAACGGACAUGCAAAACGAAGUUGACAUGGCGUAUGAAGGGGCCAUGCAACUAAUAGAAAAUCGAAAUUAUAGCCACAUUGCAUCCCGUGUUGGAAAUGCUGGCCCCAGCAAUCGAGGAGCUGAAGUAGGAGGUGGAACACGGCAUACCUCUGCCAUACCUACUAAACCAACUCCUCAGUCAAAGGGCAAUUUAGUAGCACCCAAUGCUGCAAAUGCCUCGCCUCUAAUGCCCCACCCACGGCGGGGGGCAUAA